AUGGCCGAAUCGUGGACCUACAACACGCCUCCUGGCACGCCCUCGGAUGGGCCCAUGAUCGCUGGGCUCGCGUCGGCUUUCACGGCGUUUUCUCUCGUCGUCCUUUUGCUGCGCAUAUACGUCCGCACAGUCUUCGUCAAGGCCAUGGGAGCAGAAACGAAAUGGGGUCUCGGUUUGUUGGAACUCGACCAUCUGCCGGAUGAGAACAUCUACUUCUUUGGUUUCUGGCAAUUUGUCGGCGCGCCAUUUUACAUUAUAAGCAUUCUAUUCUUCAAGCUCAGUCUGCUGCUGACUUACCUGCGCGUCGUUCCAGCGGGCGUAUACAGCUGGACUAUCGUUACCGUCAUUGGGCUCUGCUUCGCAUAUCACGUCUGCUUCCUCAUUGUCCAGAUUAACCUUUGUACCCCUCUCGCUUUUCAAUGGGAUCGGUCACUAUCUGGCACUUGCGUCGAGACCGUCCCCUUCUACCUCAGCAUGGCCUCUCUCACCAUCAUCUUUGACAUUGUGGUUAUGCUCCUCCCAGUCCCCGUCCUGCUCAAGGCUCAGAUCCAGCUACGGAAGAAGCUCGUCCUCCUAACCCUUCUCGGCCUUGGCAUCUUCAUCACUGUCAUCCAAAUCUUCCGCAUUCAGACCGUCGUCCGUCUCGCCAACUACCUCGACUCGGCGCCCCUUAUCAUGUGGUCGACUGUUGAGAACAAUCUCGGCGUCAUUGUCGUCUGCGUGCCAACCCUCGCACCCCUUAUCAAGUACUUUGACGGAAAGGUUCGGUCCAGCCGUGACAAGUCCAAUUUCACCGGGCGAAAGUACGCGACGGGUAGUAGGAACCACCAAAGUUCAAGCUUCUCGGAACAGCAGUACCAACAAGCGAGCUAUUCGUUGCAUAACUGGGGAGGCAAGACGAAUGGCAUCACGACUCUCGGCCGUGGGGUCGAUCACCACGUCUCGGGGGACAAAGACGAUACCGCGAGCACCGAGUGUAUUUUGGAGGGCUCGGGUGGGAUAGUGAAGAGGGUAGAGAUGACCAUCACCGAGAGCAAGAUCUCACAGAGCGACAGAGAUUCGGAUGACUUGGCGAGGUAG